UUAUUUCCAUCCCUUUAUAUAAACAAAUACUGGCUAUAUAAGCGCACUCGGUCUGGUAGUUCUAUGUCUGCAUUACCAUCGCCACUAUGUCAGUACGUACACUGCAAGCUGUCCUGGUUGUACUAGCUGUGGUCGCUGUGCUGCAGGUAGCAGCUCGUGACGAUUCUUCCUCCCGAGAGUUCAGACAUGGUGGCAAGCACCAGAAAGAUAAGCCUUGCAGACUGGCAUGUCCAUUUGGCCAAGUAGUGGACAAAAGACGCUGUCGGUGUCUAGCCCCGUUUCCAAAUAUCAUCAGAGUACAAUGUCCACCCUUGGUAUGUCCAAGCGUCUGCAGUUCAGGGGCGGUAAUUACAACUCAGAGCAACGGAUGCAAAGUUUGCAAGUGCGGCGCACAGAAGGUGUGUCCACCCGUACUGUGCAGAAUGGGCUGCCCAAACGGUUGGGCUAAGGGCGAAGACGGCUGUGACCAGUGCCGGUGUAAGGCGCCAUCAAGACAGAAUGUCUGCCCACCUGUCUUGUGCAGCAGCAUAUGUCUCUACGGCUAUCUCAGUGACAACAAUGGCUGUCGUACCUGCAGAUGUAACACUGACCCGGGUCCGAUGGCAUCAUAAAGUAACUUUUCUAUCACAGCAAAAGUAAUUUUUUUUUUUAUUUGAUUCACAUUUUCAAUUUUUAAAAUGUUCUGCUGGUAAAAUGGAUUCUGUUUUCAUAGUUUUCUUUUGGCAAUAAAGAAAAGUACGUUAAAUGUUCUUUCUAUGCUGUUUAUUCUAGUGAAAGUAUUAUUCUUCGUAAACAUGUUGUUACAUUAACUGUGGUCUGAAACUCUUUUUAAGUACCUGUAUAGCUUCAAACAGUUGCUUAGAUGAGCCAGGAGAACUAAAGACUUAGUAAAGUGACACUCUAACAAGGGAAGCAUAAACAUUACUUUAACAAAAAACAAAGCUUAUACAAAGUGUUAUUGUAUCAA